UCGAGCGAGUGAGUAUGAUGGUGAUCCUGCUGAACUGUGUGACGCUGGGGAUGUACCAGCCCUGCGAGAACAUCGACUGCUCCUCCGAACGCUGCCAGAUCCUGCAGGCCUUCGAUGCCUUCAUCUACAUCUUCUUCGCGCUGGAGAUGGUGGUGAAGAUGGUGGCGCUGGGGAUCUUCGGCCGGUGCAGUUAUCUGGGAGACACCUGGAACAGACUGGACUUCUUCAUCGUGAUGGCCGGGGUGGUGGAGUAUUCACUGGACCUGCAGAACGUCAACCUGACGGCCAUCCGGACGGUCAGAGUCCUGCGGCCGCUCAAAGCCAUCAACAGAGUCCCCAGCAUGAGGAUCCUGGUGAAUCUGCUGCUGGACACAUUGCCGAUGUUGGGGAACGUGCUGUUGCUCUGCUUCUUCGUCUUCUUCAUCUUCGGCAUCAUCGGUGUGCAGCUCUGGGCUGGACUUCUGCGAAACCGCUGCUAUCCUCCGGAGAACUUCACCCUCUCAACAGGUGUGGCACUCCCUGCUCCGUACUACUCUCUCGAUGAGAAGGACGAGAGGCCCUUCAUCUGCUCUCUGCCGCAGGAUAACGGCAUCAUGUCGUGCGGUGACGUGCCGGCGCGGCGUGUGGCGGGACAUCAGUGCUGUCUGGACGUGGAUGAUCUCCUGCACCAUCAGGCUCUGGGCCUCGUGACCGAGCCCUUUCUCAACGCCAGCGCCGUCGUCCCCGGGCUCUGUGUCAACUGGAACCAAUACUACACACGCUGCCACACCGGACACAGAAACCCACACAAAGGAGCCAUCAACUUUGACAACAUCGGAUACGCCUGGAUCGUUAUAUUUCAGGUUAUUACUCUGGAGGGCUGGGUGGAAAUCAUGUAUUAUGUCAUGGAUGCUCACUCAUUCUACAACUUCAUCUACUUUAUUCUGCUGAUUAUAAUCGGCUCGUUCUUCAUGAUAAACCUGUGUUUGGUCGUCAUAGCGACUCAGUUUUCAGAGACCAAACAGCGCGAACAUCAGCUGAUGGAGGAGCAGCGAGCUGCCCGUCUGUCCUCCAGCACACUGGACUCGCUGGUCGGACCCAGUGACUGCUAUGAAGAAAUCUUCCAGCUCGUCUGCCACAUCCUACGCAAGGUGCGGCGGCGCACUGCUGCCUUCUGCAGGAUGCUCUGCUACAAACCUCCGGAGCAGGAGCAUGAGAAAACAAACAUCAAUGGAAGAGAGAAGAGCCUCCAACAACAAGAUGGCACUGCACCUUCCACCUCAGCAGCCAAUCAGGAGACAGAAGAGGAGGCAGCCAUGAGGAAAGACAGGAACAAGAGGGAGGAGGGGGCGUGUCAGAGGCGGAGCCAUGAGCUUUGGAUGGAGAUGAGGGUCAAACUGCGGGGCAUCGUGGAGAGUAAAUACUUCAACAGAGGAAUCAUGGUGGCCAUCCUCAUUAACACCAUCAGCAUGGGCAUAGAGCACCAUGAGCAGCCGGAGGAGCUCACUAAUGUUCUGGAGAUCUGUAACAUCGUCUUCACCAGUAUGUUUGCUCUGGAGAUGAUUCUCAAGCUCACAGCAUUCGGCUUCUUUAAUUACCUGCGCAAUCCGUACAACAUCUUUGAUGGGAUCAUCGUGAUCAUCAGUGUGUGUGAGAUCGUGGGUCAGUCUGACGGUGGUCUCUCGGUGCUCCGCACCUUCCGCUUGCUGCGGGUCCUGAAGCUGGUUCGGUUCAUGCCGGCUCUGCGCAGACAGCUGGUGGUUCUGAUGAAGACCAUGGACAAUGUGGCCACAUUCUGCAUGCUGCUGAUGCUCUUCAUCUUCAUCUUCAGUAUUUUGGGAAUGCAUAUAUUUGGCUGCAAGUUCAGUCUGAAGACGGACACCGGAGACACAGUCCCGGACAGAAAGAACUUUGACUCUCUAAUGUGGGCGAUCGUCACUGUGUUUCAGAUCCUGACUCAGGAGGACUGGAACGUGGUGCUGUAUAACGGCAUGGCCUCCACGUCUCCUCUGGUGGCGCUGUACUUCGUGGCUCUGAUGGCGUUUGGGAACUACGUGCUGUUCAACCUGCUGGUGGCCAUUCUGGUGGAGGGAUUUCAGGCUGAAGGGGAUGCCAACCGCUCGCACUCUGAUGAUGAUGAUGAGGGAACUUCCUGUAAUGGAAGUGAACAGCACAAAAACUCACUUACCUCCUCUGAUCCCAAGCUGUCAUCUUUAACUCCUAAUGGGCAUCUGGAUCUGGCGCCGCUGGAGGAGGAGAAGACCAGGACCGAGUUCUCAGAGGAACACCACCAGAGCAAAGCCAUCUGCCUGGGCAGGAGAUCCUCGUCUCUGCUCCACAGCCGCAGUUCCCAUUACCACCACUGGGGCCGUCCUCCCUCUCAGCCGUCCUGGAGCCGGAGGUGUAGCUGGAACAGCGCGGGUCACUCCGUCCGUGGCCUGAGGGCCGGAGGGGUCAUUGGGGGGAGCUUACGGGUCCGCAGCAUUCACUCAAACUCUGCAGAACACGAGUCUCUCCUGCUCCACCCGCCCUUCCUGUCACGCCGACACCGCCGCGCGCUCUCUCUCGAGCUGCCCGAGCUCCUGCAGCGCCCCCCGCUGGUCCGGAAGAAGAGCGUGUCUGCAGAACACCAGGACUGUAAUGGGAAGGGCCCGGGCCCUCAGGGGACGCUGCUUGGAGAGGUUUAUCCACAGCUCAACGCACACAAAGACAAGAACAACCUGGUGGAAGAUACGGAAUAUAGCCUCUGCUUCCGUAUCCAGAAGAUGAUGGAGGUUUAUCGUCCGGACUGGUGUGAGAAGAGAGAGGACUGGUCAAUAUACUUAUUCUCCCCUCAGAACAAGUUUCGUCUGCUGUGUCAGACGAUCAUCGCUCAUAAACUCUUUGACUAUGUGGUUCUGGCUUUCAUCUUCCUCAACUGCAUCACAGUGGCUCUGGAGAGACCCAGAAUCCAUCAGGGCAGUCUGGAGCGAGUCUUCCUCACCAUCUCCAACUAUGUUUUCACUGCCAUCUUUGUGGCUGAGAUGACCGUCAAGGUGGUCUCUAAGGGUCUGUAUGUGGGCGAUCGGGCGUAUCUGCGCAGCAGCUGGAACAUUCUGGACGGGUUUCUGGUCUUCGUGUCUCUGGUUGAUAUCGUGGUGUCGAUGACGGGUGGAGCGAAGAUCCUGGGCGUCCUGAGGGUGCUCCGACUGCUGAGAACAUUACGCCCGCUCAGAGUGAUCAGUCGAGCUCCGGGUCUGAAGCUGGUGGUGGAGACUCUGAUCACGUCGCUGAAGCCCAUCGGAAACAUCGUCCUCAUCUGCUGCGCUUUCUUCAUCAUCUUCGGCAUCCUGGGAGUUCAGCUCUUCAAAGGGAAGUUCUAUUACUGUGUGGGUUUGGAUGUGAAGAACAUCACCAAUAAAUCCGACUGUCUGUCUGCCAAUUACCGCUGGGUUCAUCACAAGUACAACUUUGACAACCUGGGGCAGGCUCUGAUGUCCCUGUUUGUGUUGGCAUCUAAAGAUGGAUGGGUAAAUAUCAUGUACCACGGGCUAGACGCUGUCGGGAUCGACCAGCAGCCCGUCAUCAAUAACAACCCCUGGAUGCUGCUGUACUUCAUCUCCUUCCUGCUGAUCGUCAGUUUCUUCGUCUUGAACAUGUUUGUGGGUGUGGUGGUGGAGAACUUCCACAAGUGCCGUCAGCAUCAGGAGGUGGAGGAGGCGCGGAGGAGGGAGGAGAAGCGGCUGAAGCGCAUGGAGAAGAGGAGGCGCAAGGCCCAGCGGCUGCCGUAUUACUCCUCGUACGGUCGUGUUCGGCUGAUGAUUCACUCGUUCUGCACCAGUCAUUAUCUGGACCUCUUCAUCACCCUCAUCAUCUGCAUCAAUGUGGUCACCAUGAGCCUGGAGCACUUCAACCAACCACAGUCGUUGGAGACGGCGCUGAAAUACUGCAACUACUUCUUCAGCUCUACGUUUGUGGUGGAGGCAAUGCUGAAGCUCAUCGCAUUCGGCUUCAGACGCUUCUUUAAAGACAGAUGGAAUCAGCUGGACCUGUCCAUCGUUCUGCUGUCUGUGAUGGGAAUCAUUCUGGAGGAGAUUGAAAUAAGUGCUUCACUUCCCAUCAACCCCACCAUCAUCCGCAUCAUGAGGGUCCUGCGCAUCGCCCGCGUUCUGAAGUUGUUGAAGAUGGCCACAGGAAUGAGAGCGCUGCUCGAUACCGUGGUGCAGGCGUUACCACAGGUGGGGAAUCUGGGUUUGCUCUUUGUUCUGCUGUUCUUCAUCUACGCUGCGCUCGGAGUCGAGUUGUUUGGAGAACUGGUGUGUAAUGUUGAUUACCCGUGUGAAGGCAUGAGUCGUCACGCCACGUUUGAAAACUUCGGCAUGGCGUUCCUGACUCUCUUCCAGGUGUCUACAGGAGAUAACUGGAACGGCAUCAUGAAGGACACGCUGCGCGAGUGUCCGCCGGGCGACAACUAUUCGUGUAACUCCAGCCUGCAGAUCAUCUCACCCAUGUACUUUGUCAGCUUCGUUCUGACGGCUCAGUUCGUCCUGAUUAAUGUGGUGGUGGCCGUACUGAUGAAGCACCUGGACGACUCCAAUAAAGAGGCGCAGGAGGAUGCAGAGAUGGAGGCAGAGCUGGAGAUGGAGCUGGCGCAGGGCAGUCUGUGCUGUAUGGGGCAUCUGGAGCGGGCCACCGGGACCGAUGCGGGCGAGAGGCUGCCGAUGGCUGUGGUUCACACCAACACUAACACCAGCCAGAGCGGAUUCCCACAGAACCAGAGGAGACUCUACUCACCGGCACAGGAGAACCAGUGGCUGGAGAGCGUCUCUCUGCUGAUGAAGGACUCACUGGAUGGAGAAAUGCAGAUGAUUGAUAAUCUCUCAGGAUCUGUGUUUCACCAUUAUUGCUCUCCACCAAUCAGACGAGACAGCAGGAGCCAAUCAGAAGAGAUCCGGCUGGCGGAGGUCGAGCAAACCUCUCUGAUGUCGGAGCAGCUGUCAGAUAAAUCCUCCUCACCGGCGCUGACUGAUGACAUCAGCCUGGACGAGCACAGCGACUGUAAGGAGCACGGCAGCACCGACCGGAGCACAGACGAGCUCGUGGGCAGAAGCUUUCUUCCUCGGAGCGAGGCGUCCAGUCCAGGGCGAGACAGACGGGAUGUGCGGCAUGAGACGAGUCACCACCGAGCAGAUGGCAGUGGAGGAGACGGCCAGAUGUCUUCACCUCUCUUUCAUCUCCCGGCUGAGUUCUUCCACCCCAACACCGCUGCGAUCCCCCAGGGCAGCCCAGCCACCGGAGCGGCCCAGCCGGGCUCCAGACAUGCAUCUCCGGCCUCAUGGGCUUCUCUCAGGUCCCCAGGGGCCAACAGCAGGGUCAUAGGCUCUCAGACGUCCCACAGUAACUCCUCGCUGGCCACGGGCAGUUCAGUGGGCAGCCUGCAGACCAUGCUGGAGGAGGGUGUCUCCCCGUCAGGAGACCCUACGCUACCCCUGAUCUGCAGAACCCACGUCCCUCCUCUAGAGCUCAGCCAGAGAUCUCGCACUCCACAGACUCUGUUCAAUCUCCAGGCCACCAGGGGGCGCCACAGGAAUUGGAGAGGAUACAGUGACUGCACAAACCCUAACUGGAUCCGACAGGACCCCUUUGACAAGGACACUGGAUCAGUGGUUAGGGCUGGAGGACCCGGUCAGGAUGGUAAUCCGGAACAGUUGUCGGAUAAUUUGAGUAGCUUCUCUUUGACGUCUCUGCACCCGCCAGAUUCGCUGGCGCUGCCGCUGGCCAAGAAGUGCAACAGCACUGGGAGUUUAGUACUGGGGAGCCUAGUGGUCCGGAAUAAAGAUGGGAGGUGCCUGUACGGAUUCGAUUCUUGGACUGAAACAACCGGUGAGGACACUGAGAGGAAUGCGUCCCCCGCUGGUGUAAAGACUGUGGCUCCUGGGUGCCGUAAGAACAGAUGAAAUGGGCGGUUCGGUCCAGGUAUGGGACACUGUGUGGUCUCUUCCGUGAAAUCAUCUCCACGUUUAUCUCGAAUGACACAAACCUGUUCCCUGUUGUGCUACUGACCAGCUAAAACUUACAGCCACAGCAACACAGUGUCUUUUCUUCUUCAGGGCAUCACACUGGACGCCUCUGAGGAGAUGCAGUAGUCAUGGAGUAGUGUUGAAUGUUCUCAGUUCAUUCAUUCAUAGGCACAAACAGACUAAGAACCUCACCAGUCGGAGUGUGUAGCGAUCUUUAGGUGACACUGAGGGUGUAGCACGUGACACGUUUAAAUGCAGAAAGAUGCCGUACGAUGCUGCGUUCAUGUCAUGUCGAGUACUGUGGUUGAGAAAGUCAUUUUCUUCUAAAAGCAUGUUAAAACACUGGAGGUUAUGCCUUUUUUUUCAGAGGACAUUGCUAGCAAAUUUGACUAAAUUUAGGUUGUAAUGUUUUCCCCAAGGAUGUUUCAAUACUAGUUCUGGCAAAGAUGUCAUCAUUCUGUUCAGCUCUCUUCCAAUAGUGUCUGUGCAAUCAAACUAAGCAAGCCAGAAGCGACAGCGGCAAAGAACCAAAACUACAUCGGUGACAGAAUGGAGAAAAACCCACAGAAGAAACCAAGCUCAGUUGGGGCCAGACGAAACCAGCAUGGCGUGGCUUUAGUGUCGUUCAAAAUUACUCUGCCAUGUCCUCAUGGGAUAGUAAAGUGUCCACUAAAAGGUCAUCCAGGUACUGCUGUUUUAUGAAUUUUAGCAUUUCAUUUCAGAUACUGUUUUAAAAUAGGAAAACGGGCGUAUUCUGAUUCACUAGAUGGACUUUUUACAGGAAACUGGCAAAAUAUGAAAGCUCUGACUUUAAAACGCUCUGAAACCGGUAAUUUGGAGCCUACAGUGUAGAGUGCAAGUGACGUCAAAUUGCAGAAGGUUAAUUCACCUCUGGUUCUUAAUUUAAACAUCUGAACAUGAGCUAAAGACACAAAUUAAACAAACUCAUCGUUGCUCUAGAAGUGCAUCUUUCGUGUGUCAGUGUUCAGAUCUCGUGCAGUAAUUCUGACGUGACCAGAGCGUGGCAUUAGAAAAGCAUCUUUCGCUUCAUUCUUAUGUGGGAGGAUUGAGUUUUAACAGCCCCCCACAGUUCAUUAGAGCUGCAGGGUGAGUUAAUGUGUGAUGGUAGUUAACAGCAUUGACUUGACUGAGGAAACAUCUCAAACCCAAAGCACGACACACACUAAAUGCUGGACUCUACAGGAUGAUUUGGGUUUGUUUUUUUGGUUGUUCUGUGUUUGUAGUCUAAUGAUGGUAGAAGCAGUAACAUGAGCUCUGAUCCUAAACCCAGUGAGCUGUUGGUCUGACCUUUUUCAUCAUGUUUUAUCAUCCAGUAGAUUGGCAGAAGAUCCCAUAGCAUAUGUGCAGAUGAACAUGCAUGUGCACCCAUAAACAUAUAUUUAUCAAAUCUGUUUGUAAGUUUUUGGAAAGAUUGUUAUAUUUUUGAGUCCAGGAUGUUGAGCUGUUAGCCUACUGUUGUGUAAUAUAAACAGGGAGGUCAUUUACUAGGGUUUGGAUUAGAGCUGAUACUUGUCUUUGGAAAUCAUGCAUGAGAGAUGAUGUCACUGUACUGUAAAGAUGGCAAAAAGUAUUGAUUUAUUUUAAAAUUAUUAUGUGAAAUUUCAUUCUUUUACCUGCAUUUUUUUAGAUCGCUGUCUUCCACUUUGCAUUUUGUACAAACAUUUUCCUAAAAACACAAACACAUGUGGUUCUGAGGCCCAAAACAUACUAUAAACAGGAACAGGAACACAGUCUCUUCUAGCUCAUUCGAAUGCAUGCCAUGCAAGUUUGAGUCACGCUUUCAGUGUUACUGCAAGAGUCACUCAAGCUAUCAUCGCUGUAAACGGUCUUCUUCAAUGGUCAGUUUUCUCUCCCAGAUAAUGAAUCUUAUGUUUAUGAUUUUCAGCACAGACCAUUGUUGGAGACUCUAUCGCCCUCUUCAGUCCUGUAGUGUUCUUGCACUCGCAUCACUAGCAGUGUACAAUGUGUAGCGAAUGCUUCUGGUCUUUUCUGAAACGGUGGCAGAUCAGUGAAAUUAUUUUACUGAUUUUGUUUCUCAUUUGCACUGCUGAGUUGUUUGUAAAGGACUCUCAAUGCACAUUAAUUUGCAUGAUUGCAUCUAUAUUCAUGUUCACUUUAGUGUCCUUAUCCCACAACUCCUGCUGUGAUUGAAUCAUUCCCACUGGAUCUACAGUGCUGAAAAACUGGGCAAAUCAGUCACAAAGUCAUUCAUUUCUCAGACUUCAAAAAAAAAAAAAAAGAUAUUUUUAAGACUUUUGAUGAUAUAUGAAAUAUGUGUUCACCUCCAAUGUUUGUGUAUUUGCUCUGAAACUCUUUUUAGUUCAAUCUUUAAAACCAAACAGUAAAUUGUUACCAGAAGAACUUUAGUUAAAUAUAAUCAAGGCAUGUUUCCCACACUAAAUGAACACAAGAAUGAUAUUUAAUACAUGAAGUGAACAAGGUAUAGCAAUACUGACCUAUAUAUGUAUAUGAACAUUUCUGAAUGAUGAAUCUGAUUGUUUUGAAUCAAUGUAAUGUAAUGAACCAUUCAAGAGUGAUUGAUGUAAAUGAACUGAACUUCUGUUUUUGCUCCUGAAGCUUAAACUCAAGACUCUGUUCAGAUAUCUCUGAUGCUUGUAUACGUGAUGUGAGACGAGACGGGUGUGAAACCAUCUUUAUGAAACUUUAUGAGCAAAUAUAAAGCAUCAUAAGCAUUUAAACCAAUGCAAUAUUUCCUUGUUAUUUAUAUUGCCAAUAUAAUUCUGUAGGUAAAUAUUCAGUAUACUGCCAGCUUUAUUUUAGAGAUUUCCAUUUAGAUUAAGUUCGGGGGAGUUUCAUGUGGUUCCCAUGUGCUGUAGCAUGUCAUCAUUCACAAUCCUAAUAAAGCGACUGAACUGAUGUCAGUGAAUCGGUGAUGAAUUUUGGUUCAUGCCUAAAGUACCAAAAUAGUUUAUCAUGGAAAAUGACAGCAAAUUCAAACAAUUAGAUUUUAUUAGAUUAUCAAUGUCUAGUUA